AUGGAAUCUUUACCGCUACUAGAUUUACAAACAAGGGAACCCUUAGAUUUUGCACUCCCAGAAAACACUUUUUGCUUAUUGAUUUUUUUUGAAAUUAAGCAGUUUCAGGCUAUUAAAGAAAUAUAUAAAGAAAUAAAAGACAAUUCUAUGCAGCCAUUAGGAGUUUUCUUAUUCUCACCUUUAAGAGCGAGCAAAAUCAUUGAAAAAUAAUUAUUUUGGGAAAUUAAUGACCAUUAUGAAGUGUCCUACUAAAUCUGUUGAUUUUUAGACAGCUUUAGUUAAAUCAAAAAGACUUGCAUAUUGGAAAUUCUUAAGAUCUAGGAAUUAAAUACAACAACAACAAAAAAUUCAUGAAAGUGAAUUUGACAACUCUAAAGAGUGAUGAGUUAGGGGAUGGUCAAACUGACUGGGUCAACCUGGCUCUACAGCUCUACCUGGCGGUCUUGCAGUCUCACAGUCUCACAAUCUUGCUGUCUGACAGUUUGCAGUCUGGCUCGACUGACUCUAAUUGGCAGUCUGGCAGUCCAGGGUGGGUUUUUACCCAAAAAAAAUAGGGAAUUUUCCAAUGGUAUUGAUCACUCACGGAGUGAAGGGGAGUGAAUUUUAUCUUUAAUAAAUAAAUCCAUUAAAUUUUAAUUUAAUUGCAUUAUAAGUUCAUUUUUAAAUGUAAUAAGCUGCAGGAGGUAGAUAUUGAAUGGCAACACCUCUCAAAUAAUCUUCUUUUACUAAUAUUUUAUUAAGAAUCUAAUAUUUAGCGUUAAUUCAGUAGGAAUUUUAAUGUUUUUUUACUAAUUUUAAAUAGCCUUGAUAUUAAAAAAAUAAAUUUAACUUUCUCUUCUCUUAUUGCUCCACAAUUUAUACCUUUCUAUCUUGGGUUAUAUUACUGAUUUUGUAGAGUUUAAGCUCUAGAAUGAUGAAGGCAUAUUAUAAUAUAAAAGUGUCUUAUGAUAUAAUGCAUUUCUCUAUUAAAAUUGAUAUUUUAAAGAAGCAGCACGAUGUUUCACUGAGAACAUAAGCGAUUCAAAUUAAUUGAGCCUUUUAAUUAAUUAAUAGAAUCAAAAUUAUUUAGAGAGAUUAUUAAUAUUUAUAUUGUUUUAGAAAGACUAAUUCUAUUGUUAAAUUUUGAAGAAUUAAUCGAAUUUUCGUUAAAAAUGCAAAAUGAGCCUCUCAUUUUAUAUUUCUAUCAUUUCUUUCUGAGCCUUUAUGUUCUUAUUUCUUAUAAUUUUAAAAAAUAUAUAACCAAGUGCAUCAUUUUAAACAUUUCCAAUAUGCAAUGAUUAUCAUUUUAUAAUUGGAUGAAAUAAUAUCUUUGUCUUGUAACUUUGAUGAAAUAAUAGUAGUUUUAUAUGAUUUUGUUUACUAUUGCUUGAUAAUAUGAUUAUCUUAAUAUUGAAUACUUUUAAAAAUUUAUAUCAGCAUUUUUUCCUUUAUAAAUCGCUGAAUUACGUUAUAGGCUUUGAAAAAAUUAUAUAUAUUGAUAGUAAUGCAAUAUAGAUACAGAUAUCUUUAAAGAAUCCUUUGAGCAUGAUGCUGUUACAGGCUAUUACAUUUAAAUCUAAUAUGUCAUCGUCCAUUUCAUUAAAUUUUUUUACUCUAAAAGCCUAGGCAAAUUAUUUUGGAAGAGCCAGACUGCUAGGCAGAGCUAGUAGAAACAGGUAAAGUCAGACUGGCAGGUAGAGCUAGAGCCAGGUAGAGUCAGACUUCCAGAUAGAUCCAGACUGUCAGUAGAGCUGGUAUACCCAUUCAGGCUUUACCAAGGGGAUUCUAUAAUAAAUGUAACUACCUGAGCUAAAAAAGAGUCAAAAUUAAUGAAAGUGUAUUCAGCAUCAUCUAUUUCAGAUUGGCAGAAAUUCGGAGUUGAAAAAACACCUUGAAUUUUGGUAUUGAGAAACAUGGAAGUUAUAUUAUCAGCGUCAAUGAAUGAAAUUCAUAAACCAUUUAUGAUAAAUCUUAAAAAGAAAUUAGGAAUUGAGCCUGGAAGCCCUGGAAAAUCUUCAAAUUCUUUGUCUGAUAUUGGAGGAUCCGUUAUCGGUCCUGACUCAUCUCCCAGUAGAUUUGGGGAAGUAGCUAAACUUGUGCAACAAAAACCUACCUUAGAAGCCUUGUGUUUGAGGCUUGAGAAUAUGGAAAAAGUAUCUGCUAAAAAUCAAGAGGAUAUAUCGAUUUUAAAAGAAAGUUUGGCUGAAAAAGAUAUAUCUUAUAAAAGCGGAGGUUUAAUAUUAUCGGGAAAAUAAUUUUAUUUUAAUAAAAAUAACUACCUAACGCAUACUUAUUUAUAGGUAUAAAAUUUUAAAAGAAAUCAUAGAAAAGCUGUAAGUUUCACUUAAUUCUCUACAUGCGAUUUUAAGGGCUCUUUUAAUAUUUCUUUUUCUAUAACUCCCUUGUCAGUAAUAUGCUAAUUCUUGGAUUUUUCACCAAAUUUUAAAUAGAUAAUAUUUUACUUAUUUAUUGGGCAUUUGCCCCCAAUCUGAAGAAAAUUUCGAUCUAUCUUAUUAUUUGAAAAUUUUAUAUUAAACCCCCCAUUAAGCAAGAAUUUGGGGAGUAAGUAUUUUUUUAAUAUAAAAAAAUGUUUUGCUCGAAGUUAUUUAACCCGAAAAGUAAGAUUUUCCAUUGGUUUUGCCCGCAGACAGAGGGAAAAGUUAGAAACUCAUUUCAAGGAACUGUUAAACUGAGAAAACCAUUAGUAAAAUAUGAUAUUAAAAAAACUACUGAAAGCGGCAAUGAUUGGAAUAAGCAAGACAGCGUUUCUAAUGCAAGUAGCGAUUUAUGUAAAGAUCUAUGAAUCUAUUCUAUUGGAAGUGAGCAAGAAAGUCUCCCUGCUAUUGCAAAUCCUGAGACAUUAAGAGAAGAAUAUAGAAGAGAUAUCAAAAGUGUUAGUCCUGUAAGGAAAAGUUUGCAGAUGAAUAGAAGAAAGCUCUCUCAGAGUACAAAAAAUGAUUCAAGGCCUUAUUUGCAAUAUGGAAAAAGAUUUUAG